GGAGGGCAGGGAACAUAGCCAUCUAGGGAACAUCCUUGUCAUUCUUGUUUUGCGCAUUGGCAAAUCAUAAAAGUUAAACCAGUUGUGAGAGCGGGCGGGAGUGUGCGCUGAGCAACACUUGCACGGUGCUGGCAUGUGGAAGGUUGCCGACUGCAAACAACAACAACAACACAAGCCGGGAUUCUGAGGGAGACUUUUGAUCAACAAGAAGUCAGGGCAGCUACAGGUGCUGGGCUGGACAGCAGCGAGGGCGCUGGGAAGUUGCCUCAGCAGCAGCAGCAGCAGCGAGGGGUGAGGCUACUGUUCCCCGGGCCAGGGGCUCCUCUCCCCGGGCUCCUCUCCCCGGACUCCGCUCCCGGGAUUGAAGCCUCUCCCUCGGCUGUUCUUAUCCAUCACGCAGCCGGAAGUACGUGAGGAGCCCGGAGGGUAAAAGCCACUGGAGAGACAGAGAGAGAGAGAGUGAGAGAGAGAGAGAGAGGAAUAAACUCCACACAGAGUUGGGAGUUGUGGCCAUCGGUGCGGGAGGAAGGAAGCAGCCAGCCGCCGCCAGUCGAGUCAUUCAUUCAUCAUUCUGCAGGCGCCUACCCCGUCCCGGGGCGCCUCCCCGAUCUUUGCUCGCUCGCUCGCUCCCGGGAAUGCCCUGAGCGGGGAGGGAGAGUGCAAGAUGCCAAACCGGGAAAUACCAGCGGAGGAGACCGGCAGCAGCCCCGGCGCUGGGGACACAGAGAAAGAAAACGAGCGGCUCGGCGGAGAGACACCCGUCUCCCCGGUUUCAACCCUGAGCCAGAGGGAGUCCAAGCUGCAGAAGCUAAAGCGGUCACUGUCAUUUAAAACAAAAGGUCUCCGGAGUAAAAGUGCAGAGAACUUCUUCCAACGGACAAGCAGUGAGACAAAGCUGCAGGUAGAACUACUGCCUGGAGUCAGUUCCAGCACUGGACAGCUCCCAGUCUCCGAAAGUCAAACGUCCACCCCAACUAAAACUCAGAGGCAGUAUGAGAACAGGACGCACUCCUUCCUCGAAUACGUUUUCAAGAAACCAACCUUUUGCGAUACCUGCAACCACAUGAUCGUCGGCACCAAUGCCAAACUUGGGCUGCGCUGCAAGGCUUGUAAGAUGAGUAUUCAUCACAAAUGCAUUGAUGGUGUUGAACAGCAGCGAUGCAUGGGCAAGCUGCCAAAAGGGUUCCGGCGUUACUAUAGCUCUCCGCUAUUAAUCCAUGAACAAUAUGGGUGCAUCAAAGAAGUGAUGCCUAUCGCAUGCGGCAGUAAAAUAGACCCAGUAUAUGAAGCCCUUCGGUUUGGAACUUCCCUGGCUCAAAGAACUAAGAAGUCAGGGUCAGGCAGUACAUCAGACUCACCUCAGCGUAAUUCUGCUUCAGACCUGGCUGAAGUCCCAGAAGAAGGUGCUGAUGCUCCACGUGGGCUGUCAAGGGAGUAUAGCGAUAGCGUAUUUGGCUCUCUAGAGAAUGGACUUGAAAAUAUCACGAGGGUAGAAAGGAAGCCUUCCAGUUCUCAGUUGAAAGCACCUGAAAACAAAGACACCUUGCAGCAUUUCAAUUACGUUGCUUUGUACAGAUUCAUACCACAGGAGAAUGAUGAUCUGGAAAUGUAUGCUGGAGACAGAGUUUUUCUGCUGGAUGAUUCGAAUGAAGAAUGGUGGAAGGGUAAAAUUGCUGAUCGUGUUGGAUAUUUUCCUGCAACAUUUGUUCAGAAAGUGCUGGUGGGUGAGAAGGUCUUCAGAUGCACCAAACCAUUCUCAGGCUGUAAAGAAGAAGGACAGAUAAACGUGAAAGAAAAUCAGAUCUGUGUGGACAAGGGUGAAGAAACCAAUGGAUUCAUUAAAGUGUGCAGUGGAAAGAAGAAAGGUUUUGUGCCACUUGACAUCCUUGUCAAUAUCUGAUGUGACAUUGGAUCUAUGUAGUGAAGGUGAUGUUACUUCCUGUGGUACUUGCCAUCCUUGUUUCACAUUAUCAGCAAAGAUGAAUUAUCUUGUGGUCCGUUGUGGACUGUCAGACUGCUAAAAAGAGCAUGUUGAGUCAAUGAAGGAGUUCAGAGUUGCUUCAUGAAACCCAAAUGCUGAAAAUCUUAGCAUUCAUUUUCCAGACUGGAGAGAAUAUCUGCAGUUGUAUGAAGGUUUGGUAAUAGCCUAUCUCUAUAAAACUUGACAAUGGCAAGGACAGCUUAAAUGUCUAUAUUGUCCAUUUACACUUUAUUGGCAUCCAAAUAGAAAGUAGCAAAUCCAAUAUGGGGAUUUUUUAAAAACUGUGUGUGUACUCAAUAAGUAUGUGUUGUACUAUGUUUUUUUUCCAAAGGACAGCUGUUCCUGCAUCACAUUUGCUGGUUAUGUUAUCUUGUGACCAACAUAGAGUUUUGUGGCUCAGGUGAGGUAUAGUUUAAUCCCAAAAUUAUUUGCCUUACUGGUGUUUGAACAGCUCACAGAAUUACACAUCUGCCUGAAACACAUUUACUUGGAAGUCUAGGAUCAUAAUUAUCGUCAAUUUUAAUUGACCAAAAGAAAUCUGCCUCUCAUCUAAAUGGGAAUUAUACUUUCCUCAUGCUAUAUAAAUUAACGUUAUAUAAUGCUAUAUAUAUUAACGUUAUAAUGUUGGAGUAAAAAAUUUCCAUUUGUAGCAGCUUGCAGUUUUUGAAGAUGGUCUGAUCUACAUUGAUGCCAGUAUAACUAGAGAAAGAAACUGGUCAUCACUUACAUAACAAUUAAGGCACCACUAAACAGAAAAGUACCUUUGUUUUGUUAUUAAAAUCGAUCUGGAUAUUUUCGUUUGGUUGGUCAAAUGUUCAGAGAAUCCCUACUGUGUGGAAGCAAGCCAUUCAGUCCAUCGUGUUCACACUGACUUAUCCAAAGAGCAUCCCAUCA